AAAAUAUGGAUAAUAAAUUUUGUGCUGUGGAUUACAAUGUGCUGAAUGAGCUUCGCUUAGAAGGGAGUUUCCUUGAUGUGGUGUUUUGUGUGAAUGGAGUGGAGAUCCCUGCUCACAAAAAUGUGCUUUGUUGUUGUAGCCCCUACUUCAGGACUUUGUUCUCUAAACGAUGGAACAAUAAGGAAAAGAGGUUCUACAACAUUCCAGGUGUUUCUCCAGACAUGAUGGAGAUGAUCAUCACUUUUGCCUAUACCCAAACUGUCCAAAUUACAUCAAACAAUGUAAAGCAGCUGCUUGUGGUGGCUGACCAGUUUAACAUACUGGGCCUUAUAAACCUCUGUCGUGAGUUCAUCGAGUCUCAGCUCUCCCCUGUGAACUGCAUUGGCAUUUGCAGGUUUGCAUAUCACUACUGCUGCCCCAAUCUGUGCUUCAAGGCCUUCAGGUUCAUCAUGAACGAAUUUGAGGAACUCAUCAAGGUGUCAGAUGAGUUCUUGCAGUUGAGCUUCUUUGAACUGUGUGACAUCCUUGAGAGAGACGAACUGAAUGUUAAAAAUGAGAGCCAGGUAUUCCAUGCUGUCAUGAAGUGGAUUUCCCACCAGCCAGGACCUCGCAUGGGAUUUGUCUCAGAGCUGCUUCCAAAGGUGCGCCUAGAAAUGAAGGACUGUGGACUUUUCAUGCAAGACGUGAAGAAAAAUGAGUACAUGAAUUACAAUGAAAAAUACAAAUACUUCAUUCUCAGAUCCUUGUUGAAAAUUAUCUAUGAUAUCAGCAUUAAUGAUUCAGGAAUGUCACAGUUGGAUAGCUCCGUCACAUCUUCCCGUCUGCCUUUCAGUAUCCUGCUCUCUAUUGGAGGAUGGAGGGGCGGCCACCCUACAAAUAGCAUUGAGGCGUACGAUGCCCGUGCUAAAAUCUGGACAGAUGUAACAUGUGAGGAGGAGACGCCUAAAGCUUACCUUGGAACCGCAUACCUCAAAGGAUAUGUUUAUUUUAUUGGUGGAUUUGAUAGUGUGGAGUACUACAACAUGGUCUGUCGUUUUGACCCCGUGAACAGGGUGUGGCAAGAAGUGGCUCCUAUGCAUUGCCGCCGUGGUUACAUUAGCGUGGUUGUUCUUAAUAAUCUCAUCUAUGCUAUGGGGGGAUUUGAUGGUCACAAUCGUCUGAAAACAGCUGAAAAGUACAAUGCGGAAACCAACCAAUGGACCUUGCUGUCAUCUAUGAAUGAGCGUCGAAGUGAUGCCAGUGCCACCACACUGUAUGGAAAGAUUUAUAUUUGUGGGGGCUUCAAUGGCCACAACUGCCUCUUUACAGCCGAAGUUUAUGAACCCGCAGUAGACCAGUGGUCAAUGAUUGCACCAAUGAUGAUUGAGCGGAGUGGAGUAGGAGUGAUUGCUUACAAAGAUGAAGUUUUUGCGGUGGGAGGCUUUGACGGGGAAAAUCGCUUGGACACAGCUGAGGCCUACAACCCACAGACGGACACCUGGCGCUCCGUGUCCUCCAUGAUUACACCACGUAGCAACUUUGGAAUUGAGACAAUGGAAGAUUUCCUUUAUGUGGUUGGCGGCUAUGAUGGUUUAACUACCUCAUCUAAGGUGGAGAGUUAUAACAAAGAGACUAACGAAUGGAAAGAGCUUCCAGACAUGAAACUGGAUCGUAGUGCACUAAGCUGCUGUGUGCUGUAUGGCCUGCCCAACGUCAGGGAGUAUGUGGCACGUCGGCAGUCCCAAAAUUCAGUCUCCAAGUUAGUGGAGCGCCAAAUCUCUCCGUUUUAUAGCAUUCCCCCUGUAUGAGAGCAAGAUGUACAGCAGAAUGAAAUGGUUAUAGAAAAUGGUGAGGUGGAAAAGGCAGAAGAUGGCAUAAGAUGAUUGGGAUGGCUUCCACUCUUGCUUCAGUGACAAACUAAGUUCUCUCACAUCAAGCAAAAUGAGAAUUAGUAUUUGUGAAGAGUCAUCAGUUGAUGACAGAGGCCAACUGUGGAAAAGAAUGCAACAGGCAAGUGUGCUGACGUUCGCACCUUAGUCAGUAGGCGAAUGCAUUAUAAUGCACCUAUAAGAGUAGCACAUGCUGCUUAGGAGAGUCAAAGGGUGCUGAGCCAAAAUCGGCAAGACACAAACAGAGCAGGAGGUGGUCAGGUUGCUCCUAGUAAAACAAAGGUGGGUUUCGAAAAAAAAAAAUGCAAUAUAAGAAUUUCAACUGCAAGAUGUUUAUGUGCACUUGAAGCAUGCUAGGCUAGCAAAAUAAAUACUCAAGGACACGAUCUUCGCCACCGUGCAAAAAGAUGUGCAAACCUAUGAGAAAAAAUAUCAGAGAUUAACCACAAAGGGCCUAAAGAACUACAGCCUCAAGUCAGCAUAAGAUAACAUCAUGACAGUUGUUUGGUCAAUAUGCUGAAGGAGACCACCUUUUCAGGACCUGCCAUCGUUGAGUGUUGUAGGCCUGACACAGCACCUGCCUGCUUCAGUACAGAUUCAGCCAAGUUUGAAGUGUGCACAAAUCCUGCUUCAGUAUAAAGUCCUCCUCCAUUUUGUAAGAAACAUUUUGGUAAGAACACAUGAACUGCAAUGGGAUGGUAUACGUUUGAGGAUUUAACUCCCCAUGGUGGGAGAGCUGCACAUCACUUUCUGACACUGACAUGAGCCUUGAAUUAGGGGGAUGCAUGUGGCCUAGUGCAGCAGGUUUUGAUACCUGUAGCUCACUUUUUGACUAAGCUUCCUCAGACAGGCAACUUACAAAAUGGACAUUUGAUACCAUCAAUAGUGUUUGCCAGCAAUCUUCUUGCUGAGGAAGGGUCACAUCCCAUAGGUUGGUAGCUGCAUCACUCCAAGAAUCCAAAGAAGAUAUGACACAUCAAACACGUGAGGGAUGCCUGUUGGGUGUAAUCCAGUCUAUUAAGAUAAGCAGUGCACCUUAUCCGUAAGAAAAACAAGUUUAAGUUAAGGUACCUGCAUGUUCUCUGCCUAUUGGGCACCUUCUGUAAUUGGCCUUCCUUACUAUCGGUGUUCUUCUGGACUGUGCCGUGUUUAAAGCUCCAGUGAGGGUCAUCAUACAAAGGCUGGAAUAAGUAACAUCAGAAACAUCUUUGAGAGAAGGCCUAUGGCCAUGUACUAAUUUGCCGUGAGGAAUACUGAACAAUUAACAAAGAUUGUGGGAUUCCUUCAGUAUUUUCUGGUCAUUUCUAAAACUUGUGCUAAAGGUAGUUUAGUGCAAAACUCUGCAUUCCAGCAGCAUAAUUUUUUACUGCUUUACCUGCU